AUGCCCAUGUCGAAAUCGACUACCACCAGCCGCAGCCGCCUUCGCAGGCCCGUCAAGACAAUUACCGACAUAGGCCUCCUCGACAAGAGGCGUCCAAGGCGGACGUCCUCGAUGUUGAUUGAGGCGCCACCUCGAGGAGAUCAGCCAGAACGACCGGCCCGUGGUGCCGCGAGCAAUCGAAGAAGACCUUCGCUCCGUGCUUGGCGACGACUUCUACAUCCCGCGCUGGUGUUUGGCGACCUCGGGCACGACCUGAAAAAGGCAACCCGCGAGUUUGACACGAUCCGGGACAUUGUCGAGGAGGCAGACCGCUGCGUCACACGGCGGUGCUGCGAGGCGCAGUUGGCUCUUGCGCCGUUCGCUGGCCGCGCCGAGUACGACUGCAUCACCUCGGCCGCACCACUGGAUGAUCUGGUGCCGACUGUCGGCAACACUCGCGUGCAGACCAAGUAUAUCGACUACAGCAUCCAGCUUGUGCCCACGUCAACCACGUUUCAAAACGCCAUCCGCGAGCGCCUGCGCCAGCAGCUGCAAAACGAUGUCAGCGGCAGCACCAGAUCGGCAGCCGGCGGAAGUAGUGGCGGCCUGGCCAACCCACCUACCAUCAAUCAGAGCGGAUACUUCCCCAUUCACAACCGCCCCUUGGUCAUCUCCAUCGAGACUAGGCCUCCCGAGGCAGGCGAGGGUGGUGCUCUCGCGCAGCUGGCUGUGUGGAUUUCGUGCGGCCAUCGGAGGGUGUACCAGCUGACGGGCACCAACCCUGAAACACUGCGGCUGCCCAGUCUACCUUUUCUGCGUGUGGUAGGCCACGCGUGGACUCUAGGCUUCGCGAUUGAUAUGGGUGAUAAGAUUGUGACUCGUAUUGUUCAGUGGGCCUUGAUCUUUGUGCAAUGGCUGACCGUGUAA